AUGGAACAAGAUGGUGUGUCUCAACCUGAGAUUAAUACCACUAUUGCAGAGAAAAAAAGAGCCAUGCUUGUCUACUUUAAUGAACUUGAUCCAGUAAUGGGUCAUCAACCAUUAACAGAACCUCCAUGCCUGCAGUCUUUCUUGGAUGACACAGAUGUCAAACAUGUUCUGAACGUACACUCUGGCCAUGCAUCCAUGACAGUGCAUAAUUCGAUGCAUGAAGAGUAUGAGAAUAUAGAAGUUGCAGAAGACGAUGAUGAGACCAAUGAAGAAAGCAAAGAUGAAGACAAUAAGGAGAUCGAAGAAGUAGAAAGACAGGUAGUUGCUAGGCAUCUUUCUGCGGCAACUGCUGUAGAAAAUAAUCGCCCUUCCAAACAGGCCUGCAGAGAUAUUGACAAGAGUCUCUUUGAGUUUAUGAAGGGAUCUGGCGAUCAGGAGAGAGAAAAAAUGAAAAGAGCUGAGAGACAGUUGGAAUUUGAGACCAAAAUUCAAAGCAGGCAGUUAGAGGUUGAAGAAAGACAGAUUGUUGUAGAAGAAAAAGAUGCAGAGAUCCGCAAAAGAAAAAUAGACCUUGACGAAAGGCAGAUUGUUCUGGAACAAUACAAAAUACAAAUUGAUAAAUCCAGGGCACAAAUUCAACAUGCCAAAAUGCUCAAGGGCUUAGGAAUGUCAAAGAAAGAUAUUCUUAAAGAAAUAAAAAAAAUAUUUAACUAA